GGGAUGUUACUCGCAGGGGUUCAUGGUGUUCCCGGAGGCGAUGACAUUCCCGGACGUGACGAAUGCACUCAAGGUGUGGCUGGGCCAGUCUACGUGGAUAUACGAUCGUGGAGGCCAAUCGGUCAUCGUAUGCCGGUGUACAGGGUUACUCGUAACCCUAGGCAAAACUAUUGUCGCUCGAACUCUGGUAUAAGAGUAAGGCUUCUUGCACAGUAG